UUGUUGUUAUACAAUUGUUUUAACAUUAAGUAAGACCCUGGAAUGACAGGUAAUGGAACGUGUACCAGUACUCAUCAAGAGCAAUGGACAAUGGAAUGAAGAUCACAAUUAUGAGAACUAUGUGGCUAGUGGAGAAUUCAUACCAACAAAAUGCAAGUACGAAGAGCUACUGCAAAUACUGGUUACUUCAUUGGGGUGCGAAAACACCAGCACAACACUACAAAUACAGUACCAAGCUAAAGAAGGAAUACCACCGAUCAAAAUAUGCAACGAUCGAAGCCUCUACUUUUACUUGGAAUUGAAAAUGAAGGAAACAGAUUUCACAACAUAUCCACUAUGUGUGAACCAGGAAAACAACAACAAAACACGUGCUGCAACACCAAAUUCGAUAUCCACAACAACACCGAAUGAAUAUAAUGUCGCAAUGAUCGAAAACAACACAACAACGCUUGAAAACAACAUAACAACAACAGAAUCGUACACAACAGGACAGCAAACGGUAGAAGGGGAAAAGUCAGAAACAAUAGAAGAUGAGGAGGACAAAUUCGACAUAAUUGACUAUGCAAAUCUGGUUGCUGAAGAAAUGGUAGAACAACUUGAAAACACCAGUAAAAAACUGGAUCCAGAAAUUGACAUCAACAAUGCAAAGUUAAUAACAGACAAGCAACACCCCGAAGUGGAAAAAGGACAGGCAUACAAAGACAAAGAAACACUAAAAAAUGUCCUCAGCUACUACGCAAUCAAAAACAACUUUCAGUACAAAGUGUGGAAGUCCCGCUCUCAAGAAUACGAAUGCGAAAUGUGUUUAUGAAAGCUGCAAUUGGUCACUAAGAGCAUCGAGAAAUGGGCCAACAAACACAUUCAUAAUCAGGAGGUUCUCAAAUAUGCACACAUGCCCCAUAAAUAUAAGGCAUGAAGACCAAAGGCAAGCAACAUCGAAACUGAUAGGGGAAUGCAUAAAACCGAAGUUCUUGAACAUAAAGACCAA